UGGGUAAUCAGGUUUGUCAACUUUGACCUCUUGCUUGACCUGUGAUUACGACUCUCCGCCAUUUUGAGCAGUGAAACCGGCGCUAUUUCCCUCCAAUCCGAGGCGAAUUUCUAACUUACUACGCUCCCAAUCAGCUACCAACGGAUCCUAUAGACAGGCCCCAGAAAUGGACGGGUCAAGCUACGGGUUUUCUGCUGAAGGAACGUCUACUGCACACCCAGGGAACGAGAUGGCAAACAUACAGGACCUGGCAGCAGAAAUGGAAAGAAAGAAGAACAAGAGAAAGAACAUCAAAGCCUCUGCCGCGUCCGACAAGAAAGCCUCAUCGCGUCAGCUUGAAAUGGCCCGUACAGGAAAGAAGGACUCGCAAAAAGCCCAAGAUUCUGUAAAGACGUCCUCCGUAUGCGGAGAGUGUGGGUACAGGGCGGCAAGAUCUCACAUGGUGAUACAUAUGAGGAAACAUACCGGCGAGAAACCCUACAAAUGUAACCAGUGCGACUAUUCUGCUGCACGGAAAAGCAACUUAAACAAACACAUGGCUAGACACGCCGGCAAAAAAACGUACGUAUGUGGAGAAUGUGGAUACAGGACGGAUACCAGGUCUCACCUAGCCCAGCAUGAAAGGAAACAUACUGAAGAAAAACCUUACAGUUGCGAUCAGUGUGACUUUUCUACCAAGUGGAAGCUAAGUCUUAACAACCACAUGGUCGUACAUACUGGCGAGAAACCCUACAUGUGUAAGGAUUGCGGUUUCAGGGCAUCUUACCGAUCAACCCUUACUAAACAUAUGAGAACACACACGGGUAAGAAGCCAUCAGAUUGUGACCCUUCUGACUGUUCUGCUGCAUUCAAUGACAACUUUAGCCCAAACUUGGUUAAAAACGGCGGCGAAAAACCCCACAGUUGUGGAGAGUGCGGAUACAGGACGGCAGUUAGGUCUGACCUAGGCAGACAUAAAGUUAAACAUACAGAUGAAAAACCUUACAGUUGCGAUCAGUGUGACUUUUCCACCAAGUGGGAGCUCAGUCUUCACAACCACAUGGUCGUACAUACUGGCGAGAAACCCUACAUGUGUAAGGAUUGCGGUUUCAGGGCAUCUUACCGAUCAACCCUUACUAAACAUAUGAGAACACACACGGGUAAGAAGCCAUCAGAUUGUGACCCUUCUGACUGUUCUGCUGCAUUCAAUGACAACUUUAGCCCAAACUUGGUUAAAAACGGCGGCGAAAAACCCCACAGUUGUGGAGAGUGCGGAUACAGGACGGCUGUUAGGUCUGACCUAGCCAGGCAUGAAGUGAAACAUGCCGAUGAAAAACCUUACAGUUGUAAUCAGUGUGACUUUUCUACCAAGUGGAAGCUCAGUCUCCAUAAUCACAUGGUGAUGCACACUGGUGAGAAACCCUACAUGUGUGGGGAGUGCGGGUAUAGGACAGCUUACCGAUCAACCUUAACUAAACAUAUGGCAAGACAUACAGGUCUGAAACCCUUCAAAUGUGACCAGUGUGACUAUUCUGCUGCACUGAAAGGCAGUUUAGCACAACACAAGGAUAGACAUAUGAGAAAACAUAUAGGUGAGAAACGCCACGAGUGUGACCAGUGCGACUAUUCUACUGCACGGAAAUCUGAUUUGGAACGACACAUGGCUAAGCACACUGGUAAAAAGCCGUACAUGUGUGGGAAGUGCGGAUACAGGGCAGCUCAGAAAACUCAACUAUCCAGACAUAUGAGAAACCAUAGAAAUGUGGAAAAGUAGUGAUGUGAACACUAGCUGCGAAUAUUGCUCGUCACGGAAAGGCGCCUUAGUUUGCUCCUAGCACAACACAUUGGUGAAACGACAUAAAUGUAUGUACAAGUACAAGUUACACUACUCAUGUCAAGUUCAUGUCUUGAUUGUAAAUGUACUUGUGUAACAUUUUAGCUUUUGUACUGUAGAUAGUCUUUCUCAAGAACUGACAUUGUGAAUGAAAA